CAUAACGAAUAUCAUGCAUCCAUUUUUCGCAUACCACAGAAUAGUUAAUGCGUACGAUGUUAUGCAUUUAACGCCCCAUUUUUUUUAAUUGGGAAAUGAUCAUCUAUUUAUACAUUGUGCGCGAGUUUUGUAAGCUUUAAUAUUUUUUUUUGAGAAAAAGUGCAUAUUUUAAUAAAAUGAACAAGACUUUGACCUUUAAAAAUGUUGAAAUUAAAGUCCGAAAGGGUGGUUUGGAUUCUGGAUUAGUUCGUUUAAAGCUUGAUGAGAAUUUAUCAAGUAUUCGUCAAGAACUUGAAAAAGUUACGUUAAUGAAUGAUACAUUAUUAUUUUCAGAUGGUACAUCUAGAAUACAAGAGAGAGAUGAAAGGAAAUUUCUUUUAAGCCAAAUUAUAAAAACAAUUGAGGAUGAUAAAAUUUUAUAUUUAGUAAAAAAUCCAUCCCUUGAUUACGAUUUGAAAAUUUUGAAAGAUAAAUUUCAACUAGAGUACGGACGUAAAAUAAAUUCUGAUGGUGAAAUUGAUAUAGCCAAAGGAAAAGCCUUUAUACUUGAUGUGAGGGAUUUUAAAGUACGUAAAGGAGAAGGAAUGGGAAUAGAAAAAAGCGAAGUUACUCAAAGUGAAUAUAAUAAACAGAUAACAGAAUCAACUAUAAAUGAUGAUAUUAAUGCAAAAUUUGGAUUAUCAUAUGGAAAAUCGAAAAAUACCAUGACUGGGUCCGAAAAGAAAUUAAUUCUUCGAAGUAUGUACAUUAAUAAAAUUUCCUUAAAAAUUGAAAGAAAUUAUUUUAAACCAACAGAGGAAUUUAUAGAUGAAGUUGAAAAUGCUAUAAAAAUUAAGGAUCAUGAAGAAAAACUUAAAAAAUUUAAAGACAUCGCCGAAAAGUUUGGCCAAUUUAUUUCAAGUGAAGUUUUGAUAGGUGGAAAAGCUUAUUUUCUAGAGGAAGAAAAAUCAGUGAAAUUUUCUGAAGAAAAAAAUAAAAUUGGUUCUACAACUGUAGAAGAUAUGUCUUCUAAAAAUAAACUUAUUAAACUUAUUGGAGGUGAACGUGAUAACCUUGAUAAUUUUAAUGAAAGAGCUUGGGUUAAAUCUUUAGAUGAUUUUGUAAAUUGGGGUUGUAUAGAAUACAAAAAUCUUGUCAGUAUUUUUCAACUUUUACCUUAUGAAUUAUAUAAAAGAAUCUUCAGAAAGAAUAAUUCAGAGGGUUUAAAAGGUUUAGCUAAAAGAAUUCUUUAUAGUGAUCAAAUAGCUUAUAUUUAUAGUCCAAACAGUCUAAACAAAAGAAAAACUUUUGAAUUGACAAAUAUACCAACAUAUAUGUUAGAAAAUGAUGCCGAAUGCAAUAUUUUUGCUACUGUUAUUGAUACUGAUGAUUCAAAAAAUGAUUUCUUUAGUUGUCAAAUCCUUUUGUUACCAAAUAGGAGACCGCAACUCAUGAUCCAUUGUAUUCAAAAAUAUACUAGAAAUACUAAAUAUAACCUUAAAGUCGGACUGGUGGUUGUUGGUUAUGAUAUAAAUUUCAAUUUCAUUAAUUCAGAUUCUGUUAUUCGGUUUGAAGUAAUAGAAAAUAAAAUUGAGGCAUCAAAAUCAAUGUAUUAUAAAAAACUUUUUUAUGAUUCAUUUAUCGAAGAACCUAUUUGUUUAGGAAUUCCGGUACUAAGAGAACCUAACCCUUCUCUUGUCAUUGGCCAUCAUUUUUUUAAUUAUCAAGGGAGUAAUGGUAUUGGAAUUGGGUCAUACAUAUUUUCUUAUAGUCUGGAAAAAAAUCAUUAUGUUGAAUUACCAGAAUUUACUUUUUCUACACUCAUUAUCUCAAAUUAUCCUGAUUGUAAUGAAUAUAAAAUAAUACCUUUUAAUUGUAAAAAUUCUAUCCUUGAUAAAUUAUUCCCUUUUAAUUUUAAGAAUUCUUGCCUUUUACCCAAUUAUAUUAACCCUCAUUCUUCACAAUCAGUAAUACCAAAAUAUAUUAGUUUACAUUCUAGUGAAGAUAAUUGUGCUCCAAUUUUCCUUAAACAAAAGAAAAAUGAAAUUAAAAUAAAAUAUAUAAGAACGGAAGUUUGUGAAGACAAUCAUUGUAUUUGUAAAAAAACAAUAGAAGUUAAUGAUCUAAAGUUGCAUUUUUUCAAGAAGAAAAAUUAAGAGCGUAAUUAAAUUAUAUAUAUAUAUAUCGUUAUUUUUACAAUGUUUUCUAUAAUGACGUAAUGGUAAUUUUUAUGGACAGUUUCGUCUCAAGUAUAUUUAUAUUAAAAUUGAUAUGAGGAUAUGUUGUAAUAAACAAAUUACGUAUUUCUUGAAUAACAAAAAGAAAUGUGUAGUGUUUAUAAAAAGCAAAUCUGCUUUACAAGUAUAAAUCUUGGAUACGUAUAUUUAAAAAUACAGUGCUAUACGGUCGGUACUAUCUUAAAGUAAUGAAAAAUAUCAGCCAACAUAAUAUUCUGCCAA